AUGCAUCAUCUACCAUUUGCGUAUUUGAUUUUUAUUAUCUUUUUACAAUUUGUCUUUGGACAAAACUAUUACAUUAAUCCACCUAAUACCCCAGCUAAUAAUAUUCGCAAUUAUGAGUUCAAUAUUUCUCAAGGAUUGAUUGACCCCGAUUGUUCUGGCUUCAUUGUUCCUAUAUUUUUGAUAAAUAAUCAAAUGCCAGGACCUACUAUAGAGGCUAACCAAGGUGAUACCGUUAGAAUAUUAAUUCGAAAUCAACUGAAAAAGAUGAGUUUACCUAACGAUCAUCGUCAUGAUAUCGCUAUUCAUUUUCAUGGUAUCCGUCAAUAUGGCUCUCCUCAAGCAGAUGGUGUACCCUUCUUGACUCAAUUACCUAUUAAGCCAGGUGAAACAUAUUUACAUGAAUUUCGUGUUAUCAAUCAAGCAGGAACUUUCUUUUAUCAUGCUCAUGUCGGAUUUCAGGAUGAAACUCUCUUUGGUCCCUUUAUUAUUUAUGAAUCUCAAGAGGCUCGUCCUACUGUUGCUGUUCAAGUUAAUUCAUUAACACCACCACCACCUACCGCAGUAGCUGGGCCUUAUCAAUAUCAUCAUGAGCAUACUAUUUUAUUAAGUGAAUGGUGGCAUCGACCUCCUCUUGAAUUUGAAAAAUAUCUGAUGGGUCCUGAUUUUACAAUUAUUCCAGAGGCAGAGAGUAUCUUGAUGAAUGGUCAAGCUAUUUAUAAUCCAAAUCAACCCGUCAUGUCACAAUGUAAAGGAUAUCAUACAUUUUCAGUUCAGCCUCAAAGAACGUAUCGUCUUCGUUUUAUUGGCGCUACCCCUUUCCGUACUCUUAAUUUAGCUAUCGCUAAACAUAAUCUGACGAUUAUUGAGAUCGACGGAGAAUUAACAAAACCAUAUACGGUGAAUCAGCUUGAAAUUGCACCUGGACAACGCUUCUCGGUAUUGCUACAUACUGAUCAAGCCAUUGAUGAUUAUAGUAUCCAAGUCAUUCGUGCUUGGUCUGAUACAGUGCCUCGACCUACAAAUGGAUUAUCCAUCUUGAGAUAUACCCGACCUGAUAAAUCGAAUAAUCAAACCUUAACUAAUUCAUCCAUAACCUUACAGGCUCCUGUUCAAAGACCCCUCUUUGAGGAUGAAGACAUCCCUUUCUGGAAGUGGUCAAAGAUUAAACCCCUUUAUGGUGUUGACCCAGUCGUCUAUAAGCCCUCAACAAGAACAAUCCUAUUACGUUCAUAUGACCAACGCCAACCAGACGGUUCAUUACGAUGGCUAGUGAAUGGGAUUUCUUAUUCCGAGUCGAAUAAUGAGUUAUCUCCUAUCCUUAAUGAAAUCAAGAAUAAUCGUCGUCUUUCACCUGGUUAUCUAAAUCAAACGAUUACAGCUCAGGGUUAUGAUCGCAACUUGGGUACCUAUCCUAUCAAUUUUUAUGAUGUCGUAGAUAUCGUCAUUCAAAAUACUCAUAUCCCUGGUGAACCUUGCCGUAGUCAUCCUUGGCACACACAUGGUCAUUCUCAUUGGGAGAUAGCGCACGGUAAAGGUGAAUAUAUUGAAGAGCGUGAUGCUGACAUUCGAAAUAUACCACAACCUAUUGCAAAGGACAUCACAAUGGUAUAUCCCAUUAUUGAUCCUCAUUUGACUUCCAAAAAGAAAACUGCAGUUGAUAAAACGCCUGUAGGCUGUGGAUGGUCAAAAAUUCGUAUCCUUGCUGAUAAUCCCGGUGUUUGGGCUGUACACUGCCAUAAUACAGCACAUAUGAUGAUGGGGAUGAUGGUUGUCUUAGAAGAAGCUCCAGAGCUUAUUCCAAGAUAUUAA